CCAAAAUUCCCCAUUUUUCUCUCCGAGUCUUCUGAGGAAACGUCAUGAUUUUGCUAUUCCUCUCAUACAUGCAUGCCUAACUCUUCCUCCUUUCACCUUCUGCUGUUUGUUUCCCUUUCAUUUUAAUUUAUAGCCUCUGCUCCCUUUAUGCGGGGUCCUUCAAUCUCACUUGGGGGAACCUCCGUCCAUUGCUCAAUUCAACCAGAGUUCAUGGAGGCUUUCAUUUUCACCUUUGCAUCGAUUGAAUGAAAAUAUUCUUUAGGAACCAAAACCUGCACAUACACUAUAUAUAUAUAUACCAACCCACAAUCCUACUUUCACCUUUUGUUUUUUUGCUUCCACAGAUUUACAAGAAUGAAUUGUUUUCCGUGUUUUUCAAAGACUAAGAAAUGCAAUAGCAAGAGGGAGCAGCAACCGACCACACAACCAGAAAACGUUAUAGCAACAAAACCUCCGGACGUAAGAAAACCAAAGGCAGAUGAUCCAAACAACGUUGACACUACAAAUAUUCAAGCACAAAAUUUCACGUUCCGUGAACUAGCCAUCGCGACGAAGAAUUUCCGACAAGAAUGUUUGAUGGGUGAAGGUUGCUUUGGCAGAGUUUACAAGGGAACAAUUCCUGCAACCGGGCAGGUGGUAGCAGUGAAGCAACUUGACCGAAAUGGGGUACAAGGAAGUAAGGAAUUUCUGGUUGAGGUUUUGAUGUUAAGCCUCUUGAACCAUGAAAACCUCGUCAAACUCACUGGUUAUUGUGCUGAUGGAGAUCAACGUCUUCUGGUGUAUGAGUUCAUGCCAGGUGGCUCUUUAGAAGCCCGUCUUCUUGAGAGGAAACCAGAUGAACCUCCAUUAGAUUGGUACAGCAGAAUGAAAAUAGCAUCACAUGCUGCGAAAGGAUUGUGGUACUUGCACGACAAGGCCAACCCUUCAAUUAUAUACCGAGACUUGAAAUCUGCAAACAUCUUGCUAGGUGACGAUUUCAGUGCAAAACUAUCAGAUUAUGGAUUGGCCAAACUUGCUGGCAACGAUAAAGCGAACAUUGUACCCACAAGAGUUAUGGGCACUUAUGGUUACAGUGCUCCUGAGUACGUAAGAACAGGUAACCUCACAUUGAAAUCAGAUGUCUACAGUUUUGGAGUUGUCUUGCUAGAGCUCAUUACCGGACGGCGCGCGGUUGACACCACAAGAUCACACGAUGAGCAAAACCUAGUUUCAUGGGCACAACCCAUAUUUAGGGAUCCAAAGAGAUAUCCAGAUAUGGCAGAUCCAAAUUUGAAUAAUGAUUUCCCAGAAAAGGAUUUGAACCAAGUUGUUGCAAUAGCAGCGAUGUGCUUGCAGGAGGAAGCAGCGGCGCGUCCUUUGAUGAGUGAUGUUGUAACUGCUCUGAGUUUUCUUUCCACUGCCAAUACAGAGGGUGGUGCCGACAACAGUAGCUACUCCGGUGGAGACAGCGAUGACAGUGGAUCUGCUAAAAAACAGUCUUGAAGCCAGUAAAGAGAGUCUGCUCCAAAUCGAGCCGCAAGAGCAGCAGCAAUUCAUGUUUAGAUGAUGGAGGCGUCUGAAUCGGCCGCAAAAGCAGUAGGAAAAGUAGGAAAGAGAAAUGUUGGUUAAAUGAGAGGAGCAGAAAGCAAAAGAGGAAGAAGAAAAGUGGUUGAUCCAAUUGAAGUAGCAGUGGGAUGGUGGCGAUGUUAUUGACCGUAGCGGAAGCAGAGGAUCAAAAGGGAACAUUUCAAUCGGCCAAAAAUUAGUAGUGAGAUUGUUCACUCAGACAAUGGCAGCAGCAGCAGCAGCAUAAGGUCCAAGGAAAGGAGCAGCAUGCAUGCAUGAAUGCAUUUAGAUUAUCAAAAACAAGAGUGAAAUGUUCAUUCACGAUAAAAAUCGAUUAUCCUUGCGUGCAUGGUUGCAAUCACAACUUAAUUCGGCAUCAUAUCAUGCUUUGUACACUUCUGUCAAUGUUUGUUUAUACAUUAGUAUGUAUGGUCGAGUGAAAUAAGUAAGAUAACGAUAUCUGGUAUCCGCUAUUUUCAAAAAAUCUCGAACAACCAUAUAACACCUCCAAUAUUUACACACUUAUAUACUUAUUUCUUAGUAGGUUUUGGAUUUUUUUCUCUUUUGUAUCUACCAUUAGUUCGUGAACAAAGACAGACAAUAACUGUGAAUUUCUAUAGAAGAUUGUUGACAUUAUUGGACAUAGUGAUCUUUGUUUUUAUUAUGUAAUCAUUUUGGCAAUUCUAC